AAAAAUCGUUGAUGUACAAGGUGAACCUCUCACCCAAGGCACAGAUAAAGGAAUGGCUUAUGCCAACUUUGUGCUUCACAAGUUUUCCUUCCUUAACAUCACCAGUAUUGGUUCGAAUCAUGUUGUUACAGGCAGCGAAUGUGGAUUUGCUUGUGUCGAUAUUCCUUCAUGUUUCUCUUUUAACCUGGCCGCAUUUCAUGAUAUCGAUGGCAAAGUUCUGUGUGAAUUGCUUCCAUCGGAUAUCUUCAACAACUCAGACAAGCAAAUCCCCAGUCAGAGUCACCAUCACUAUAGUAUCGCAUCUCCAUGUAUCAGUUGGCCUUGUCAGAACAAUGGGAAAUGUGCUGCACAGUACGAAAAGAACAGUUACGUGUGCGUUUGCGCAAAUGGAUACAUUGGGGAACAUUGCGGAACGGAUAUUGACGAGUGCAGUGCUUCCAUCCGGCUCUGUGAUGUUAAUGCAAAUUGCCAGAACAGUUAUGGCUCCUACAGCUGUUCUUAUAAAAGCGGAAUUUCUGGGAAUGGAAAAACAUGUCAAGAUAUUGACGAGUGUAGUGCUUCCAUCUGGCCCUGUGACGUUAAUGCAAACUGCCAGAACACUAAUGGCUCCUACAGCUGUUUCUGUAAAAGCGGAUUUAUUGGGAAUGGAAAAACAUGUCAAGACACCAACGGCUGGACUCUUAUCGCUCGAUUCUCAAACAGCGAUAGCAAGAAUUGGAUGCAUGACGAUGGUAAGUGGUGGUAUGACCAGCAAAUUACCGUUGGAGCGACAAAAAAUUCUUCAGAGAACAACGAUAUGAUCUCAACAGCCUUUUGGUCGGUCAGCGGUAGUGAGAUAAAGAUCACGCGCAGUGACGACCCCAGCCACACCCCUCUGUUACAGACCACAAAUAACUGUUUGGGUGGACAAGCAUUUCGAUCGAAAAUCACAAGUUAUGGCGACUUUAGAAACGGCACGGUUUGGGCCAGUGAUCAAUGUCUUGGAAGCUGUGCGGCUCAAUAUGGCGGACAGUACAAUUCAACAGAUGGGUUUCAAAAGGCUGAGUGCAGUGGAAACAUCCAAAGCGCCAACAAGAUCGGCUUCUGGUGUGACUGGAGUACUGGUGAUGGGUCAGUAAUGAAGAUUGGUGGAGGAGGUAGUAGCUGUGCACGUGCUGAUCAUGGGAUUGGAAUCACAGAAACUGGUGAUGCUUCUUUUGUUGACUUAGGAACCAGCGAGACUGAAUAUGACUUUGGUUAUGAUGCUUUUACAAAUACCGCUCCAUCCCAGUCCUACUCUUUGAACUUAUGGAUCCGUUAAAUAUAAUCAGCUCUUCA